CUCUCCUGCACAUCCCACGAUGCUCUAUGAGAGCUGGAGGCACUCACCUUGUUCCACGAGAUCGCAGAAUAUCCCGGGUUGGAAGGGAUCCAUAAGGAUCAGCCAGUCCAGCUGCCCAGACACCACAACAAUCCCAUUCUGUGCCUGAGAGUGUUGCCAAAGCCUCCUUGAGCUCCAGCAGCCUUGAGGCCAUGACCAUUCCCUGGGGAGCCUGUUCCAGUGCCUGACCACCCUCUGGGGGAAGAACCUUCUCCUAAUAUCCCAUCUAAGCCUUCCCUGCUUGGAAUGAGCACCCAGUACUUUAAUUACAAGCAGGGUUUCACCCCAAACCACCUCCUCUGCCCUAACAUAUUGACUGUAGCUCCAGGGAUACCCACGGAUCCAAACAGACCAGGAUUUGGGUGAAAACACCCCAGCUUUGAGAGAACACAGACAUCUGCUGCCAUUUUAGCACCAUCCUGAAUCGGUGCCUUUGCACCCUCAGAAGAGGAGCUCCCUGCCCAGAAGCAUUGCUACCAGGCAGGAGGUGGACAAGCAGCCUCUACCCAGCCACAGUGGUUUCACACACAAAACCCUUCAGCAGUCUCCUCAGGUGGGAAUUACCAUCUCCACAUCCAGCCAGGACUAACAGCUCAGGGAAUGCUCCUGGAGCUUCCCUGCCAACGCUCAGUGCAGGUCAAAUCACUGCCCAAGGCAGCUGAAGUCCAGUGGGUUCAGGUGUGUGACCAACCCAGCAGCCACAGAGCUGAUCACAUCCUAAUUUGCUCACACAGCGUUCAUGUGGCUCCCUCCCCAAUUUCAGCUUUUCCUGCUGCCUACUCAGCCCCAGUCACCCGAGAGCAGCAAACACAGGAGGAGAGGGAAGCACUGGAAGAGGGACAACAUCAGCUUGCUCACCUGCCUUGCUGCAAAUGCAGCUAAAUCCUGCCCAAGCAAAACCAAAUUUCUCCUAAACAGGAGCAGCAGCAGCAUGGUCUCCUCCGAGUGCCAUGAAAGAUCCUGGAGAUACCUCAGCCAAAGCCAACCUGCAGGCACAGACUCACCUUCCCCACUGGCUGCGACAUCCAUGGGCUUUGGGAACUGCUGCUGGGUGCAUGACCUCCUGGGCUGCCCGGAGAGCUGAGCCCUUCUCAGGAAGGAGAAGCAGGAGCAUGGGAGGAAUGCCACAGCUGUUCCUCCCACAGAAAAUUGAGGACACAAAGCUCUUUUAUGGAGUCCGUGCCCCGCAGCACAUCUUCUGGAAAUACCAGUGUCUCCUGACGAACCCCAACAGCAGGCAGCAAAACUCCAGUGCCUACCAGGACGUCCCAGUGACCACCAGGAUACGGGUCGUGCACUUCAUACUGCAGAACACCGUGACGUCCGACUUAGAGAAGCUGCAUGACCUGAUGAAGAAGAAGGUGUUUGAGGCAGCCUUUCCCCUGCACAAGAAAGAAGAGAUAAGGGAAAUACUAAAGAAGAAGUGGGCUCGCUGGAGAGUUCUAUUUAAGGAACAGCCAAUUGAGGAGAUCAGGUGCUAUUUUGGAGAGAAGGUGGCCUUAUACUUUGCCUGGCUGGGCUGGUACACCUACCUGCUGAUUUUCGCUGCCGUGGCUGGGCUGGCAACCGUCGCAGCUGGGGCUACUGUUUUCAGUUCCAGCCAGGUGAGCAAGGAGAUCUGUGAUGCCAACAACACCAUCAUGUGCCCGCUCUGUGACCAGAAUUGCUCGUUCUGGGUCCUCUCUGACACCUGCACCUAUGCCAAGGUCACUCACAUGAUUGACAAUGAGGCCACCGUGGUGUUUGCCAUGUUCAUGGCCAUCUGGGCCACUGUAUUCCUGGAGCUGUGGAAGAGGGAGAGAGCCAAUGUGGCCACCAGCUGGGACCUAUACGGGUGGGAUGAGGAAGAGGAGGAGCUGGCUCUGCAGCUGAUCAAUAACUCGCAGCACGAACCCCGGCCGUACCAGCACUCCUACUUCCGCAGCACCAUCGUCCUCAUCUUGGCCCUGCUGAUGAUCAUGGUGCUGAUCGGCAUUGCCCACGCACUCGUCAUCUACCGGGCAGUGGCCAUGGCUCUGUUCACUCAGAGCGAAGUGAACCUGCUGAGCAAGCACGCCGACAUCGUGGCCGUGAUGACGGGGGCCGUGCUGCACUAUAUCACCAUCGUCAUCAUGACCAAGGUCAACUGGCACGUGGCCCUCUUCCUCUGUGACCUGGAGAAACCACGGACCUUCUCCCAGCGGGAGAACAGCUUCACCGUGAAGAUCUUCCUCUUUCAGUUCUUCACAAACUUCUCCUCGCUCAUCUACAUCGCCUUCUUCCUGGGACGGAUCAACGGCCACCCAGGGCACUACGUGCGCAUCGCUGGCCACUGGAGGCUGGAGGAGUGCCACCCUAGCGGCUGCAUCACCGACCUCUUCAUCCAGAUGGCUGUCAUCAUGGUGCUCAAGCAGACCAUCAGCAACAUCAUGGAGUAUCUCAUCCCCUUGAUAUCCCAUCAGCUACGGAAGAAGAAAAAGCGCCCGAAGAAGAGAAAUCUGAUGUUAGGAGAGGAGGAGGAGGCAGAGGACCCCUGCAAAAGGCAGUGGCUGAAUAACUAUGAACUCAACGAGGUCAACAUCUUCAGCUUGUUCAAUGAGUACCUGGAGAUAGUGAUCCAGUACAGCUUCACCACCAUCUUCGUGGCAGCCUUUCCUCUGGCCCCCCUGCUGGCCCUCAUCAACAACGUCAUCGAGAUCCACAUGGACGCCAUCAAGAUGAUGCGGCUGCGCCGGCGCAUGGUGCCCAGGAAGGCCAAGGACAUCGGGAUCUGGCUGCAGGUCCUCGAGGCCAUUGGCAUCCUGGCUGUCAUUGGGAACGGGCUGGUGAUCGCCAUCACCUCCGACUUCAUCCCCGUGCAGGUCUACAAGUACAUGUACAGCCCCUGCAUGAGGGAGAACCACACCAGCAUGGACUGUUCCACCGGGUACAUCAACAACAGCCUCUCCGUAUUCCACAUCCAGGACUUCGAGCCCCACACCAAGGUGCUGCCAGAAUUUAAAGGGCAGCAGAUCAAGGAGUGCAGGUACCGGGAUUACCGGAAUGCUGACGACUACACCUACACUGUCCAGUUCUGGCACAUCUUCGCAGCCCGGCUCGCCUUCCUCAUCCUCUUCGAGCAUGUGGCUCUGUGCGUGAAGCUGAUCGCAGCCUGGUACAUCCCCGAUGUCCCCCAGAAGGUCAAGAAUAAAAUUCUGAUGGAAAAACACAGCAAUCUCCGUAAUGAACUGAGCACGACAGAAUACUCCACCGAGGUGUAGCCACCGCUCACCAAGGAGAAGGAGAACACGGACUCCAGCCCCUUUCCCGGCCUGGCAGUGCCAGCGGUGCCGGAUGAACCCCACAACACGGUGCCACAUGUCCCACCUGGGACCGAGCUGGACUUGAGCUGGGAAGUGAUGACAAGACAGUGGCUUCACAGGAGCAGGCUGCUUUCUGACCUGGGAAGGAAGGAUGCUGUGGCAGGGCCGGGAUGUGCCUCCUUGGCAUGGGGAGUGGCUGGGACAGACAGAGCAGCGGCGCUGGGGACAAAACCAGGGGCAGCAGCCAGAUGCUGUGCUGCAGGAGAUCACCUGGCUCCUUGUCACUCGCUUCCUUAAGCACAGGAAACACCACUUACCUCGUUCCAGGCUCCCUCUCCAGCCCUUUUGUUGCACUUUAGCCUCUUUUUCCACUGCCUUCCGUGACCUCCCCACUGUCGCACCACUGGGGAACUUGAGCGCCUCUUUCACCGAACUCCUCCCCGGCAUGACUCCCACACGGCUGCAGCUCCGCCCUGCUGUCUCCAUGGACGCAGCUCCACGGUCUUUGGGAAAAUGCCGUUGUUAUCUCGCGUUUAACUCCAGGCUCAGCCGGGUCCUGGGAGUUGUUCCUGGCUCAGCUGCCACCAGCCAUCAGUAAAUAAAUACAACAUCCACGUGGACACGCUGCCUGGCAUUGCUUUCCUCCUCUGCCAUCCCCAAUCAUCCCCCACAACCGUUCCUUGUCUUAGUGGGGACAAUCACAGCAGGUGGCAGCUGCAGUGCCUGCUCUGAGGGCUGUGUGGAAGCUGGCUGGUGGGACACCAGGAUUUGGCCAUGCACAAUGGG